AGCUGCCUGCUGGACCUGGUGAUCCUGCUUCCUUACAAAGGGAAAGAGCCUCCACCUACCUUGGUCUCCUUCCCUCCCCAGUUCCUCACUCCCUCUCUCCCCCUCGGGCUGGCAGGAUUCCUUGGGCAGAGCAUGCAAUCAGUUUGCAGGGAGCAGCCGCAGCCACAGGAAGGAUGCAGAAGCACAAUCAGAAGGAGCACCUCUACAAGCUGCUGGUGAUCGGGGACCUGGGAGUGGGCAAGACCAGCAUCAUCAAACGUUAUGUCCACCAGAACUUCUCCCCUCACUACCGGGCCACCAUCGGGGUGGACUUUGCCUUGAAGGUGCUGAGCUGGGAUGCUGAGACUGUGGUACGGCUGCAGCUCUGGGAUAUUGCAGGUCAGGAAAGAUUUGGAAACAUGACCAGGGUAUAUUACAGAGAAGCCAUGGGGGCAUUUAUUGUCUUUGAUGUUACAAGACCUGCAACGUUUGAGGCAGUGACAAAAUGGAAAGAGGAUUUGGACUCUAAGUUGGUUCUUCCAAAUGGCAAGCCUGUGCCGACAGUCCUCUUAGCAAACAAAUGUGACCAGGGAAUAGAUGUUCUUAUGAACAACGGCAUCAAGAUGGAUCAGUUCUGCAAAGAUAAUGGGUUUGUGGGCUGGUUUGAAACAUCAGCCAAGGAAAAUAUAAACAUCAAUGAAGCUUCCAGAUGCCUGGUGAAACACAUAAUUGCUAGUGAGAGUGAUCCAGUUCAGUCUAUUGAACCAGAUAUUAUAAAACCACACUUGAAUUCCUCCAAGAUUGUCAGUUGUUCAGCUUGCUUCAAAUCCUAAGAGACUUCCAGAUUAUCAAAAGAUCUGAAAAACUAUGAUUCACAAUUUCUACUUUGUCCAAUGUACCCAGCCUGCCCACAUUGUCCAUCAGCAGAUUGCCAUUUUCUCAAGAAUAUCCUUAAAUUUUUCCACAAUUUUUUGACAGCUAAAAUGUAUUAAGUUCAUUGAUAGUAACUGUUCAAGACUGUCCUUGGCUAUUGCUCAAAUAAGACUCAUGGUGAUGGUGUGUUUUCCUGGUGGGAUAGCACCACCGGUGAUAUCAAAACCUAUUACUUUGCAAUGUGGUUUCUGAAAGCUUUGUGAUGUGACUACAGCAAUACCCUACUUGUCCAUUGGUGUUCCAGCCUGCCUUCUUAGUACACUGACAAGGCAACCAUCAUCAUUGCACUGUUUUGUCACACAUCAGGCUUCAAUGAUCUUGUUUCAUAUGAGGAAGAUGACGAUAAUGAAAAUAUAGCUGUUCAGAAAGAGGUAACAAGAAGGUAACAAAACUGAACAUGAAGCAACCUUCCACGUCAUUCAGUUCUCCAGAAGGUCUCAGCUCCUGAGAUUGAUGCAGUACUUGCUCCCUCUUUCUGAAGAGUUAAAUUCUCAUAGUUGUUAGCAUUGUUUUCAGAUGAAGCAAAAUGGAACAAGUCAAGGGUGAGGGGUGACAAGACAAGGAAUCAGGGGUACAGCCUCAAAGGUGAAGCAGCUAAGAAUCUUCAGAAAGGUUAUCUAUUCUAUAAAGCCAGUAAUUCCUCUGAAAAGUACUCAUUCAUUUUGUUCCUACCUCUCCAUCCUUAAUGCCACAGAUGUCCCAGUGUGGUUGAACUAUGCGUAUACUCUAAGCCCCUGCAUGCAUCCCUCCAUUAUGGUGAUUCUCAUGGAAAAAUCCACUAUCCACACUAUAACGUAACAGCUGAACUUUUCAGGAAUGCAUCUGUGUUUAAUAGCAGGGUAUCUGCUUUCUGAGAACAUUUCUUCUAGAACACUCAAUUGUAUGAAUGAUUGCAGGAAGUAAAAUUAAAUGGUCCUAAUAACCACUCCUGGAAUACGUGCAGAAUUUGUUGAGCUGCUCUGUGGAAAUGAAGUGGUUGAUAUUCAGAAUCCCACAAAAUUUGCAGUCAUUCAGACAAAUGUGUCUAGACAAGAAGUCUUGAUAUCUGGCUCAAACCCCUGCAAGACAAACUUUGCCUGUCUCCUGGUGUAGACAAGUAACUUGCAUUUUCUAUUCCCACUCAUCCUUUUACUUCCUAAGCUAUGAACUCUCAGUGCCAGGAGCUGUCUUCUGAGAUGGGCUUCUUUCCUUAAAGAUGUGUAAUGACAUGGAGAGGAGGAGGCAGACAUCCUGUGACAUCCUGUGUUUGUGGACAUCAGUGCAAUCUUAACUGAACACUUAGUUGUCAAUGGAGUGAAACUCUCAAAGGCUAGUGAAUAGGUGUUGAUUUAGAAAUCCUCAAGCUGACCUUAUCCUGUGAGACCUAUUGUUUCUUGUGCCUCUGAAGCUCAUCCUAUUACUUGUCAGUGUUAGGUUUGUGGUUGGACUCAAUGACCUUUAAGGUCUUUUCCAGCCUAAAUUAUUUGAUGAUACUAUCACUGAAUGAGCUUUUACUACAUAGGCACUGCAGAGGACAGCCAGGGACACAGACAUCAUGUGCUAAG